UAUCACGCCCCUGUUCAUUCAGCAGAUAGUUAUAAAGUGUACAAGGAUUUUAAAACUAGGUUAGCUAACGGUAAUUUUCGUAUCACUGAAAGCAUAUUGAAACAACAGUGUUAUCCGCGUAUGUUAGCCACAUAUUAGCAAUGCCACAGCUGUGUUGUAUUAUUCCAAAUGGAAACGGAGCGAACAGUUAAAACGUUAGCUAGCUUUAACGUUACGUUACACUCAUUCUUUUGAUGUUUGGGCAUUUUUAAACAAACAAUGGCAGGUUUAGGCAGUGAACCUCUGUGGGGAGAAAAGUAAGGGCUACCAGUGGACUCUCUGGACAGGUAUGUCUCUUCGGCUAUUUUCGUGGUUGCUGCUGCUCUUUUGUCUGGAUCUGUUCAGACGUGAACUCCCGGGGGCUCAUGCAGACUCGGUAACGUUACCCAGUGCUGCAAAAACUUUAGUAUGGGGACCUGGACUCGAGACAAACAUUGUCCUUCCAGCUCGAUUCUUCUACGUGCAGGCGGUGGACAGCUCGGGGCGAAAUUUAACAACAUCACCUGGUGAGAACACCUUUGAAGUGAAGAUGGUGUCUCCGGUGGAGCAGUUCACCAGGAUUUGGAUCCAGGUCCUGGAUCGUAAGGAUGGCUCCUUCCUGGUUCGCUACAGAAUGUAUGCCACCUACACGGACCUUCACAUCCACAUUCUGCUCAAGAACAAGCCAGUUGCCAAGUCACCAUUCAUUCUCAAAGGUCCAGUCUACCACGAGGGCUGUGACUGUCCCCAGCCCAGUGGUCCUGUGUGGGAGGCCGACAUGCACUGUCCUCACUCCUUCCCUCAGAUAGAAAGGGACCUGGCCCUCUAUGCUAGUGUCGACCCAGAUCGUAAUGCGCAGGAGAUCCCACAACGCUUUGGACAGAGACAAAGCCUCUGCCACUACACUGUUCAAGACAACAAGGUCUUCGUUAGAACUUUUGGAGAGCAUGUGGGUUUCAGAAUCUUUAUGGAUGCCAUCCUCCUGUCACUCACCAGAAAGGUGCAGCUCCCUGAUAUAGAGUUCUUUGUAAACCUGGGUGACUGGCCAUUGGAGAAGAGGAAACCCACUGAGAAGAUUCAUCCUAUCUUUUCCUGGUGUGGCUCCAACAAUACCAGAGAUAUUGUCAUGCCCACCUAUGACCUGACGGAGUCUGUCCUUGAGACCAUGGGAAGAGUAAGUCUGGACAUGAUGUCAGUGCAGGCCAACACAGGGCCACCGUGGCAUGAGAAGAAUUCCACAGCCUUCUGGAGGGGCCGCGACAGUCGUCAGGAACGUCUAGAGCUGGUCAAGCUUUCCAGGGCUCACCCCAACAUGAUAGAUGCUGCCUUCACCAACUUCUUCUUCUUCAAACAUGAUGAGAGCCUCUAUGGGCCUCUGGUCAAACAUGUUUCUUUCUUUGACUUUUUCAAGUACAAGUACCAAAUAAACAUUGACGGCACUGUGGCAGCAUAUCGACUGCCCUACCUACUAGCAGGAGACAGUGUGGUCCUAAAGCAAGAUUCGGGCUACUACGAGCAUUUCUACAAUGAGCUUCGGCCGUGGGAGCACUACAUCCCAAUCAGGUCGGACCUUGGAGACCUGCUGGAAAAGAUCCAGUGGGCUCAGGACCACGAUGAAGAGGCACUGAAAAUUGCACUGGCGGGUCAGCAGUUUGCCCGCAAUUAUCUUAUGGGGAACAGCAUAUUCUGUUACUACUACAAACUUUUUCAGGAGUAUGCCAAACUCCAGGUCACAGAGCCCAAGAUUCGUGAAGGCAUGGAGCUUGUAGAGCAGCCCAGUGAUGACCUGUUCCCCUGUUCCUGCCACAGAACGAGGGCAAAGGAUGAACUUUGAUUGACCUGUCAUCCAGUUACAGAGCAAUCCUUCAUAUCUGAUGUACUGCCAAAGAGUGUUAAUUAUUUGAAUGACUAUGAUAUGGACAUCACAUCUCAUUUUUAAAAUAAAUAUCUUUCUUUUUGUAUGUUUUAAAAUGAA